AUGGUAAUUUUACACGAAGACAAAUUUGAGACGAUUAAGAUUGAACGAUCAAGAGCUGUGAAGAACGGAGGUCCUUCAAGAGCGGAUGCGAUUGAAUAUCAACGAGAUUCCAUUAUUCUUGCCUCAGCUGAUUUUCCUUUUGAUGCAGAAAUCGAAAGAACUUUGCGGACAAGACUCAGACAAGCUCGAUUGGCAAGACUGGAAUCAGAUGAAGAACAACCUUCUAUUCAUUCAGGUUCAGAUUCAGGUUUAGAGAGAGAGAUCAAAACAAUGGGGGAGAAUCCACCGCCACCAGAAAGACUGUUGGGUGACUACGGAGGGGCAAAUGCACCAACCGGCAGAUUAACAAUUGUCAACCAACCAGUGAACGUGGCUAAUUUCCAGUUACAUCCUAGUACUAUUAAUCAGCUUGAAAGGAAGCAUUUCACUGGAAAGGAAGAGAUGGAAAAAGCCUUCCUGAAUGAGUAUUUUCCAGCGUCAGUUUUUCUGCGGAAGAGGUAUGAAAUUCUGAAUUUUAAGCAGAAAAACGGGGAAACUUUGGGAGGCGCCUACAAGAGAUUCAAGAGAGUCCUAGUCGCCUGCCCAACUCAUAAUAUGGAUCCAACCAAACAGAUGCAGAUGUUUGUGAAUGGUCUCAAAAUAAAGACCAAACAAUUUAUACAUAUUGCAGCUGGUGGCUCUACUAAUUUCUCAACAUCCACUAGUAUCAAGAAGAUCAUUGAAGCUAUUGCUGCUAAUGAACACUUGGAGUUGUACGGUAGAUGUCAAAGUAAACCGGAAUGGGUUAUCCAUUUAAAGUUGGAAACCAAUAAAAUCCGUAUUGAAGAUACUAUAGCUGCUGAAAUUGAGAAGAGGCUAAAGGCGAUGAAUAUAGGUACCCAACAGGUGGCACAGGUCCUACUGGUUCCUACUGUCUGUUGUGAGAUAUGUAAUGCUCCACACCAAACGGUGUAUUGUUUUGCAACUCCUCAACAAGUUGAGGUAACCAAAUUUUUUAUGCAGAAUAAUCCCUAUUCCAACACAUACAAUCCGGGUUGGAAGAAUCAUCCCAACUUCUCAUGGAAAGACCAGAAAGGGAACACUCCUCAACACGGUCAAUACCAAACUCAAUAUCAACAACAGAAGCAACAACAAGCCCCUAAGAAAGCUGAUUGGGAGAUUUCCAUUGAAAGAAUGCAAUUAGCCUCGAGUUCUGAAGCACAAGGUGCUCUACCUAGUACAACUGUGACAAAUCCUGGAGAGCAUAAUAAUGUGAGCGUUGUGAUAACAAGAAGUGGUAAAUCUAAUGAAGUAGUUGAGGAGAUGGAUGAAGAGGAAGAUCGACUGAUCAAAGUGGAUCUUGAGAUCAAAGAAAAUGGAGUUGUGAGGGAAGAAUUGGUGGCACCGAAACUAGUAAUGAGAGAAAUAGUCACUGAGCCUAAGUUGGUUGUUAAGCUUCCUUUUCCCACUAGAAACAAGAAAAAGGGGCAACAUGAGAAAAAAUUUGAGAAGUUCCUAGAGUUGUUCAAGAAGCUAGAGAUUAAUAUUCCAUUGUUGGAAGCACUUGAACAAAUGCAUACUUACGCCAAGUUCAUGAAGGGCAUCGUUUCUAAGAGGCGUGCCAUCGACACCAACCCGAUUAUUCUAACCGAAACUUGUAGUGCUAUUUUGCAAGGAGCAAGUGUGAAUCUCAUGUUGUUAUCCAUUUACAAGAAUCUUGGUAUAGGGGUUGUGUAA